AUGCAUAUAGCCUGUGCAUGUAACAUUGGUAGCACUCGUCUUCUCACAACAGCAAGAACUCCUUCUACUCGACCAUGGUCGAUCACCUCAAGCAACAUAACUCCACACUACGUUACUCGUGUGCAAGGCGGCUCCUUGUUGCCACUGCUCGAUCACCCCGACCAUCCAGAGGUAUCUCCCUACCAGAGGAUGCCAUCAACAACCUCCUUCCUCGAAAGCUCUCCUCCCUCCUCAAUUGCUUUGAACAUGCCUGUGGCCAAUAUGCUGCAACCAGGAAGUGCACAUACAGCCACUUCCGCCACCAUUGCCAAUGACUCCAAUGCACCAGCAUGGGUUCGAAUGCUCCUUGAGCAGCAAGCACAUGCUCACUGCACUAUGGAAGAGCGACAGGCCAACAUGCUUGAACAGCAGGCUUCCACCUUUCACCUCCUUGAGACCUUCAUUUUGAAUCAAGGACCUCAGGCUCAACACUGCUAUGGUCGAGUUUCCCCUCAUCACCCUGAUUACGAGCACAAUGACUGUGCCCACACUCAUGGUGAUCAGAACCAUACUCACGAUAUCUGUACCUCAGCAGUUCCCCAGCUUCUCCUUAAAGAUCAUUCCUUGAAACCUGAGGAGAUUGCUAUUUUCAAUCCUGGCACUGGAGAUGAUGUAGAAGUCUUCUGUCAGUGCAUUCAGGACAUAGUGGCCUUCAAGAGUCAGGCUGCCAUUUGCAAAGUCUUACCACAGUGCCUGCAUUCCACAGCUAUGGAUUGGUACACAAACCUUAGUGACAUUGAAUGUGCUCAGCUCUGUGUGAGUUCUGACACAUGGCAAUGCCUCCUUUGUGAUCACUUUGGUAAGAGCAUUACUGAGGCCCACAGCACCCUUAGCUCCCUGUGCUACAACCUUGCCAGUGACUACCACACCUACCACAAAUGCAAAAUUCACCUUGCAUGCAUUGCCAGUAUCACCAUUCCCAAACAGAUUGUCCAAUCUCUCUUUGCAGGCCUACCCUUCGACAUGAGGAAUGCUCUUGCUAGCAGCCUUGAGGGCAAGAAUGCUGGAGACCUUAACAUCUUUUGUCAUCGCUGUUUGGCACAACAUGCUAUGCUUCUCAUGUGUCACACUGAACAAUGCCAUGCACCUCCUCCUACCUUCAAGGCCCCUCAACAUUCUCAGCUGCAACAACAAGUUGCUUCUUGUCCUUCCUUCCAACCCCUUCCAUUGGCCGAUCGCUCAGUUAAAUGGCCCCCUCCUCGCCUGUGCCAUCACUGUAAUGGCUCACACUGGGAUGCCGAUUGUAUGAAGGUGGGCAAGCCCUUCAUCCACUUUAACCCCCUGGUGGCUGCUCACCACAUGGACCUCACUGGAUAUGAUGACUCAGAUUAUGCAGUGCUCGAAUACUGUUAUCUUGAGGAUAGCCAGAAAAUUCCGCUGGCAGACUCAGAUGUGGAUGACAUGCCAGGCAUGAGCUACUCCCUGGAACCUUCCAGAGAUGAUUCCUUUGGCUCCAACUAG